GUAGGUGUAUAUAUUUCUGGGGUACAUGAGAUAUUUUGAUACAGGCACGCAAUACGAACUAUGCACAUCAUUGUGAAUGGGGUAUCCAUCCCUUCAAACAUUUAUCUCUUGAAUUACAAACAAUCCAAUUACACACUAAGUUUACUUCUUCAAGAUACAACAACUGGUCAAUCUGAACACUGGAUUAAACGUAUUUGCUAUUAUGAGUUCUGGCACUUUUCGAACAUUCAGAUCAUUUGAUUUACUCAUGAUAACCAAGUUGCUUAAAUCUUUUCCAAUAAAUAGUGAGAGAAAAUUCACUAAUAUAUUUUAAUGUUAUUGUUCAUAAUAAAUAUGAACAACAAUGAAAUGGAGCAACACAAGAAGAGUACAUUUUCACCUUACUCUAAGGUGAUUGGCUGGCUGCAUCAUGAGCUCUCUGUUCUAGACAAGAAUGACUCAAGUAUAUGCUUUAAUUCCAUUAACACAUAUUUAUUUGGCAUUUAAUGCAUACUUAGAUUUUCUGCUAAACAUUUCUCCUUUAAGUCACAGAAGCCAAAAUGGCAUAGAUGCCACUCUAGAAAAGUUGCAAUCUAGAGUGAGAAACAAAUAUUCUUUCAGAGAGGAGCCCUAAUCCUGAAUCAGUCUUGAUGACAUUCUCACACCUUUUCCUCUAGAUGCCAUUGAUCUCUAUAUUAUUUACUAAAUUAAUUUUUGUUACCUCCUCCAUUGUUUAAUAAAAUUGAUUAUUAAGCUCCUAGCAGUUUUUCAGCCUCUAUAUGAGGUUAUCUAAUUCCUAAAAAGGGGAAAAAUAAUUUGAAUACAGAAGAAAAUGACACGUAAACUUACUUGACUAAGUAUCCUGGUCAAAUGAGUCUUUUGGUUAUCAACAUUAUCCAUAGUCUUGAAUGGUAUUGUCUUUAGGCAUCCUGUUUAAAAAUUUUUUAAAAUUUUGCAUUUGAUGUGAAUUCAAAUAGUUGUCAAGAUCAACACACCACAUAUAAAUAUAGUUAUUUCCUUAAUGACUUCUUCAUUAUGUAUGUUAGCAAUUGCAGAAGACCCUUGGGGACCAAUCCAAGACAUGUUUAAGGCAGUUCAUAAAUUUGCCCCUUCUUUUGUUCUUUCUGUCUCAACUGUAAAGUGUUUCUUUGAUUUUCUUUGCUCUUAUAUAGCUAAUUGUUUUCAAUGUACUUGCCUUCCUUUUAAAGUUCGUGAUAGGAACUUACUAAGAACAUAAAUAAUAAGGUUGCUAGGUACGUUGGUAAAAUAAGGACCUAAGGCUAAAUAAAAGUCUAAGGCUUCAUCCUCUGAAACAAGCACGUGAGCUUUCCAUGUACUUGCUGAGGACAGCACUGAAAGAUGCUAAUAUAACUUGGAUAAUAUAUAACAGAUGACCAUGACCAUCAGCAUCAUCUUCAUCAUAUUCUGAGAAGGUGGUCUUUUCCUAGCACUGUAGAUUUUUACUUUUCUCUACUCUAUGCACUAACCCUACAACUUUAUCAUGAUUGUCUCUGUUUUUUAGGGGAACAUAUUGAGGCCCAGUGUGGUUAAUUUGCUUGCCCAUGAUUAUACAGCUAAGAUGAUAGGGCUAGAAUUAAAAUCCAAAAAUUUUUGAUUCUAAAGAGGAUGCUCUGUCGGCUACACCUAGGGGAUUGCCCUUUUAUCCUACUGCUUAUGGCUGUUUUCCAUUGAUUAUUACAAAAAAAUGUGUUUUUAAUCUCCUUCAAGGAUGAUGAGCAUCCUCUGAUCAUAUAUCCUAUUUUUAGUUACUCAUGUGCUUAUGGUACUCUAUAAAUUGCCAUGUCUUAUGUAGUUUAUAAAAACACUUUAUCCACUAGGAGAUUCUGUAGUUGUUUAUAUUGAGAAGGUAUUUGCAUCCUGAGUCUGGGAUAUAAAUAUAUACUAAAACUUUUUGAUAAAAUAGACUGUGUGAUUUUGGGUGAUUUGCUGUCUUUAAUUUUCAGUUCCCAUCUGCAGGAGGGACUGGCAAGCCAUUUAAACGGACUGGUAUGCUCAGAGGGCUGAAAAGAGAAGAGUAUUCGAUGAACGACAUUGACAAGAGAAGGGGUGGGGGCUGCUGAAGCUUCAGACCGAGCAGCAAGCAAAAACUUAGGUAGGUCGGUGUUUAACAGAAAGGCCAACCAGAAGGUCACAGCUCACCAAAAAGGACUUUGAGAUAGAGAAAGAGCCUCAAAGGACUCUAAGACCCGAUCGGAGGCUGGGCAGAAUGGCUUAUGCGUAUAAUCCCAGUGCUUUGCGAUGCUGAGAUGGGAGGAUUGCUUGAGGACAGGAGCUCAAGGUUACAAAUCCCUGUAACCAUUCAGCCAGGUGUUGAGAAGAUAUGUAGCAGCCGAGCACUCAUCUUUUGACACCAUCCUCUGAAAUCAGCUUUGGAGAUGCUUUCACUCUGUCCGUCUUCUGCAGCAGCCAGGCAGAGUGCUGACUCCUUCACAGCCGUGAGGAACUCUUCAGGCUCCAGAAGCUCUUAAAUCUGAUCUACAAUGGAAAAAAUUCUUUUUUAUCUGUUUUUCAUUGGCAUAGCAGUGAAAGCUCAGAUCUGUCCAAAGCGUUGUGUCUGUCAGAUUUUGUCUCCUAAUCUUGCAACCCUUUGUGCCAAGAAAGGGCUUUUAUUUGUUCCACCAAACAUUGACAGAAGAACUGUGGAACUGCGGUUGGCAGACAAUUUUGUUACAAAUAUUAAAAGGAAAGAUUUUGCCAAUAUGACCAGCUUGGUGGACCUGACCCUAUCCAGGAAUACAAUAAGUUUUAUUACACCUCAUGCUUUCGCUGACCUACGAAAUUUGAGGGCUUUGCAUUUGAAUAGCAACAGAUUGACUAAAAUUACAAAUGAUAUGUUCAGUGGUCUUUCCAAUCUUCAUCAUUUGAUACUCAACAACAAUCAGCUGACUUUAAUUUCCUCUACAGCAUUUGAUGAUGUCUUCGCCCUUGAGGAGCUGGAUCUGUCCUAUAAUAAUCUAGAAACCAUUCCUUGGGAUGCUGUUGAGAAGAUGGUUAGCUUGCAUACCCUUAGUUUGGAUCACAAUAUGAUUGAUAACAUUCCUAAGGGGACCUUCUCCCAUUUGCACAAGAUGACUCGGUUAGAUGUGACAUCAAAUAAAUUGCAGAAGCUACCACCUGACCCUCUCUUUCAGCGAGCUCAGGUACUAGCAACCUCAGGAAUCAUAAGCCCAUCUACUUUUGCAUUAAGUUUUGGUGGAAACCCCUUGCAUUGCAAUUGUGAAUUGUUGUGGUUGAGGCGUCUGUCCAGAGAAGAUGACUUAGAGACCUGUGCUUCUCCUCCACUUUUAACUGGCCGCUACUUUUGGUCAAUUCCUGAAGAAGAGUUUUUGUGUGAGCCUCCUCUCAUUACUCGUCAUACACAUGAGAUGAGAGUCCUGGAGGGACAAAGGGCAACACUGAGGUGCAAAGCCAGGGGAGACCCUGAGCCUGCAAUUCACUGGAUUUCUCCUGAAGGAAAGCUUAUUUCAAAUGCAACAAGAUCUCUGGUGUAUGAUAACGGAACACUUGACAUUCUUAUAACUACUGUAAAGGAUACAGGUGCUUUUACCUGCAUUGCUUCCAAUCCUGCUGGGGAAGCAACACAAAUAGUUGAUCUUCAUAUAAUUAAGCUCCCUCACUUACUAAACAGUACAAACCAUAUCCAUGAGCCUGAUCCUGGUUCUUCAGAUAUCUCAACUUCUACCAAGUCAGGGUCUAAUACAAGCAGUAGUAAUGGUGAUACUAAAUUGAGUCAAGAUAAAAUUGUGGUGGCAGAAGCUACAUCAUCAACGGCACUACUUAAAUUUAAUUUUCAAAGAAAUAUCCCUGGAAUACGUAUGUUUCAAAUCCAGUACAAUGGUACUUAUGAUGACACCCUUGUUUACAGAAUGAUACCUCCUACGAGCAAAACUUUUCUGGUCAAUAAUCUGGCUGCUGGAACUAUGUAUGACUUGUGUGUCUUGGCCAUAUAUGAUGAUGGCAUCACUUCCCUCACUGCCACAAGAGUCGUGGGUUGCAUCCAGUUUACUACGGAACAGGAUUAUGUGCGUUGCCAUUUCAUGCAGUCCCAGUUUUUGGGAGGCACCAUGAUUAUUAUUAUUGGUGGAAUCAUUGUAGCAUCUGUGCUGGUAUUCAUCAUUAUUCUGAUGAUCCGGUAUAAGGUUUGCAACAAUAAUGGGCAACACAAGGUCACCAAGGUUAGCAAUGUUUAUUCUCAAACUAAUGGGGCUCAAAUACAAGGCUGUAGUGUAACGCUGCCCCAGUCCGUGUCCAAACAAGCUGUGGGACACGAAGAGAAUGCCCAGUGUUGUAAAGCUGCCAAUGACAAUGUGAUUCAAUCUUCAGAAACUUGUUCGAGUCAGGACUCCUCUACCACUACCUCUGCUUUGCCUCCUUCCUGGACUUCAAGCACUUCUGUGUCCCAAAAGCAGAAAAAAAAGACUGGCACAAAGCCAAGUACCGAACCACAGAGUGAAGCUGUCACAAAUGUUGAGUCCCAAAACACUAACAGGAACAACUCAACUGCCCUGCAGUUAGCUAGCCGACCUCCCGAUUCUGUCACAGAGGGGCCCACAUCUAAAAGAGCACAUAUAAAGCCAAAUGCUUUGCUGACUAAUGUUGACCAGAUUGGCCAGGAAACACAGAGGUUGGAGUUAAUCUGAAGAGCACCACUUCUCCUCUCUCUCCUGAAAAAAUUUGCCACUGAUAUUUUUACUGGAUAAAAUUCAAAAAUGUUUCAAUUCACAAAGGCUAAUUGUUGAACUGCUGUCCUAGAAGAAACUGUCUACAGGAGCCGAGGUGAAAGUCUCUGAUGCUGGCGGAACUGGCUCCAUCAGACCAUGGUUCAUCCUCUUUUAAAACCAAAUUUUUUUUUCUUCUGGCCUACAGGUAUUUUUUUUUUCCAGAAAGAAAAAAAGCCUACAUUGGCAUAAAGUUCUGUAUCAAUCCAUCUUACAUUGCCGUCCAUGAUUUAACAGACUGUAGAAUCUUGAAUAAUCUAUAUCACUUUAACAAAUAAAUGUUUUACUAUGACAGAA